AUGGCUGACGUGGCUCCGAAGAAGCGCGGAAGGGGUCGCCCUCCGAAGAACGCGGCCGCGGCUGGUGACGGUGCGAAAAUCGCCAAAAAGACAGACGCUGCUGAUGAUGCCAAAAUCGACAAGAAGGCCGACGCCGUCGACGAUGCGAAAAUCGACAAAAAGGUGGACGCUGUAGAUGAUGCAAAGAACGACGCUGGCGACAAUGCCGAUGCUGGUGACGAUGUCAAAACCGCCAAGAAGCGUGGCCGUCCGCCCCAGAAAAAGGAUGCUUCUAAUGCCAAGACCGCUCCCCCCAAGAAACGCCAACGUUCACCGGACUCUAGCGAAGAGCCCGAAGACGAGUCUUCUGAUAAGUCAUCCGCUUCGCCUAAGAAGACAGCGGGACGUCCGGCCAAGAAGCAAGAAGUCAAAAAGGAUACCGCGGCGGACGCUGCUCCGAAGAAGCGUGGUCGCCCGAAGAAGGCUGAUUCGGCUUCGACGAGCAAGUCAACGAAGCAAGCUGCUAAAGACGAAGAUGAGGAAGUGAACGACAAAAAGCCGACGUCCUCGGGACACAAAAGCAUCCCUCGAACGCUGCGAGUAGUUGGGCCGGCACCGGUUUUUGAAUGUUGCACCCAGGUGGACCUACGCGUCUACGAGACUAAUGGCAGCAUCUACAGCGCCAUGUUGAACAAAACUGAUAUUGGCAACAACAAUAACAAAUUCUACGGCAUUCAGACGUUGUAUCGUGGCGGCAGUUAUUCGUGUCUGAUCUGGUGGGGACGCGUCGGCUACGCUGGCCAACACUCGCUGACCGCUUUUGCAGAUGCCGCUGGGGCUGUUGGGAUGUUCUGCUCGAAAUUCCUGGCUAAAACCGGGCUAUCGUGGGAUGAGAGGAAGGAAGAGCCGAUGCCUGGAAAAUAUCGGAUGAUUGAGCUCGAGACAUUCGGAGAGGCCACUCACGGCAUGGAGGCGGAAGAUAAGGAGAACGAUGAAGAUAUUCCGGACAGCACACUUCUUCUCGAAGUUCAGCAGCUGAUCAAGCUUAUCACUAAUUUGUCGAUGUUGCGAGAUGGGAUUCGAUCGAUUGAGUUGUCGUACGAAAAUUCGGAGAAGAUGCCAUUGGGUAAGCUAACGAUGGCUCAGCUGGAGCGAGGAUACACCAGUUUGCGCGCAAUUGAAGAAGCUCUGAAGAAGCCGAAGGUCGAUAGGAAUCAGCUGCGCCACGCUACCAACGAAUUCUACUCAAAUAUUCCGCACAGUUUGGGGAUGAAAGCCCCUCAUGUGAUCGACUCGCUCGACGAGGUGCGCGACAAAUGUGAGCUGCUGGAUACGCUGAAGGAAGUCCAAAUUGCGAUCAAGACCAUUAAUGCCGGCGAUACUGGAGAGGGAGAGAAGCUGAACCCGAUCGACCGGAUGUACAACUCGCUGCACUGCGAUCUGGAGGUGGUCGACAGAGCUUCGGCGGACUUUGGCUUCAUCAAAGACUAUAUGAAUGUGACGCACGCUCGCACACACGCCUUCAGCAUGGAGCCUGUGCAAAUGUUCCGCGUGAAUCGACACGAAGAGCGAGAACGUUUUGUCGACCACGGAAACAGGAUGCUUCUCUGGCAUGGUUCCCGCCCCACCAAUUUCUGCGGUAUCCUAUCCCAGGGUCUCCGUAUUGCCCCUCCAGAAGCCCCGUCAACAGGUUACAUGUUCGGCAAGGGCAUCUACUUUGCCGACUCGUCCUCCAAGUCGGCCAACUAUUGCUUCCCGCGGGAUAAGGAACACGGGCUGCUCAUCCUCGCCGAGGUCUCGUUGGGCAAUAUGAACGAGAAGAAGGAUGCCGAUUAUGAUGCUGCCAAGUUGCCCAAGAACAAACACUCGACGUUUGGUAUGGGCCAAUGGACCCCGAUGUCUACGGAGGCGAAAUUCCCGGAAAUAGAGGAGGGAUUGGUGGUCCCCAACGGCUUCCUACAGAAGAACCCUGCACGCAACGACUGCUCUCUACUUUACAACGAAUACAUUGUUUACAAUGAGGAUCAGGUGCGAAUUCGUUACCUCGUCCAGACGAGGUUCGACCUCGCCUUC